CCCCGCCGUCCAGCCCGCUGCCACCCCCGCCCUCCAGCCCGCUGCCGACCCCGCCCUCCAGCCCGCUGCCGCCGCCGCCCUCCAGCCCGCUGCCGCCCCGGCCGUCCAGCCCGCUGCCACCUCCACCGUCCAGCCCGCUGCCACCUCCACCGUCCAGCCCGCUGCUGCCGCCGCCCUCCAGCCCGCCUUCGCCGUCUCCACCCUCGCCACCACCACCCUCACCCGACCCGCCAUCGCCUUCACCACCCUCACCGGAUCCGCCAUCGCCACACCCCCCUUCACCACAGCCACCUUCACCGUCGCCACCUUCACCACCCCCACCUUCACCACCACCCCCUAUGCCUCCACCCCCUUCACCGCCACCAUCACUUCCCCUUACUCCACUGUCAGCUCUUCCCCCCUUACUUCCGCCACCCUCACCGCCGCCUCCCUCACCGCCACCGCCUUUACCGCCGCCACCUUCACCACCGCCCCCUUCGCCAUUACCUCCUUCACCACCGCCUCCCUCACCCGACCCUCCUUUGCCCUCUCCACCCUCUCCACCUCCUCCCUCACCCGACCCGCCUUCGCCUUCUCCACCCUCUCCACCUCCUCCCUCACCCGAACCACCAUCGCCUUCUCCACCCUCUCCACCUCCUCCCUCACCCGACCCGCCUUCGCCUUCUCCACUCUCUCCACCUCCUCCCUCACCCGACCCGCCUUCGCCUUCUCCACCCUCUCCACCUCCUCCCUCACCCGAGCCACCAUCGCCUUCUCCGCCCUCUCCACCUCCUCCCUCACCCGACCCGCCUUCGCCUUCUCCACCCUCUCCACCUCCUCCCUCACCCGAGCCACCAUCGCCUUCUCCGCCCUCUCCACCUCCUCCCUCACCCGACCCGCCAUUGCCUUCACCACCCUCACCGGAUCCGCCAUCGCCACACCCCCCUUCACCACAGCCACCUUCACCGUCGCCACCUUCACCACCCCCACCUUCACCACCACCCCCUAUGCCUCCACCCCCUUCACCGCCACCAUCACUUCCCCUUACUCCACUGUCAGCUCUUCCCCCCUUACUUCCGCCACCCUCACCGCCGCCUCCCUCACCGCCACCGCCUUUACCGCCGCCACCUUCACCACCGCCCCCUUCGCCAUUACCUCCUUCACCACCGCCUCCCUCACCCGACCCUCCUUUGCCCUCUCCACCCUCUCCACCUCCUCCCUCACCCGACCCGCCUUCGCCUUCUCCACCCUCUCCACCUCCUCCCUCACCCGAACCACCAUCGCCUUCUCCACCCUCUCCACCUCCUCCCUCACCCGACCCGCCUUCGCCUUCUCCACUCUCUCCACCUCCUCCCUCACCCGACCCGCCUUCGCCUUCUCCACCCUCUCCACCUCCUCCCUCACCCGAGCCACCAUCGCCUUCUCCGCCCUCUCCACCUCCUCCCUCACCCGACCCGCCAUCGCCUUCUCCACCCUCACCCGAUCCGCCAUCGCCGCUCCCUCCUUCACCACAGCCACCUUCACCGUCGCCACCUUCACCGCCCCCACCUUCACCACCACCCCCUAUGCCUCCACCCCCUUCACCGCCACCAUCACUUCCCCUUACUCCACUGUCAGCUCUUCCCCCCUUACUACCGCCACCCUCACCGCCGCCUCCCUCACCGCCACCGCCUUUACCGCCGCCACCUUCACCACCGCCCCCUUCGCCAUUACCUCCUUCACCACCGCCCCCUUCGCCGUUGCCUCCUUCGCCACCACCACCCUCGCCGCCACCCCCGUCACCGCGCCCCCCCUCGCCGCCACCCCCUUCACCGCGCCCCCCCUCGCCGCCACCCCCUUCACCGCCACCCCCUUCACCGCGCCCCCCCUCGCCGCCACCCCCUUCACCGCGGCCACCAUCUCCUUCGCCUCCAUCGCCUCUACCUCCAUCACCCCCGCCUCCAUCACCCUCACCCCCAUCCCCUCCACCUCCUUUGCUACCGCCUCCAUCACCCCUACCACCUUCACCUUCUCCCCCAUCACCUAACCCACCUCCGCCGCCAUCACCGGACCCAUCACCGCCCCCGCCGUCACCAGAACCAUCACCAAGGCCCCCAUCCCCGCCGCCUCCCUCCCCGCGACCGCCCUCACCUCCUCCAUCACCUGUGCCGCCGUCACCAACACCACCAUCCCCGGAUCCCCCAGGUGGCCGGUCACCUUCUCCUCCCCCAUCACCCCCGGAGCCCCCCACACCCCCGGAGCCUCCAUCACCCGCACCACCGGGAAGUCCCCGCCCGCCUCGCCGCCCCAAACCACCACCACCCAACCCCCUGCCGCCAAACCUGCCUCCAGAGUCCCCGAACCCCCCAUCAUCCCCCAGUCCGCCCCCGCCGACCUUGCCCAAUGUGCCGGGCCUGCCGCCGCUUGCACCAUCACCACCUCCACCGCCCAGCCCCUCUCCCCCGCCUCCAUCGCCUCCCCCCAGUCCGCCCCCUCUUCCCCCUGGCUUGGCGGAGGUCCAGGAGCACCUUACGAUUCUUCCUUCUACCGCCGCUAUCGAGAAGGCCGGUGGCGUUGACGCCUACGUUGAUGACAGCAAGAAGGCAGUCGCUGAGGCUUACGGCACCACGCCGGACCACAUCGUCGCCAUGUACGACGGCAAGACCGCUCGCCGCCGCAGCCUGGUGGACCUGGACAUCGCAACCGCCAACCGCCUGACCCAGAUCAAGUCCCAGCUGCAGCUGCUGGACACCUACAUCGUCAGCACAAUGCCGUACGACCUGGAGAGAGAAGUGCAGGCCAGGAUGGACGAGCCGGCGGCGCUUGAUCAGUACCGGCGCGAGCUGCAAUCCUCUGAUGGUGUGCCUGCCAUCGCCUUCCUGGUCCGCCUGACCAUUGAGGUGCCGCUGCCGCCCUCGCCGCCACCUCGCCCACCGGCCAGCCCUGGCAAGAAGGCGCCGCCCAUGGUGCCCAACCACCCGCCCAACCGCCCUCCCACCCCCCCCCGGCCGCCUCCAGUUAACCUUACUGCUCUGGCUGUCGCAACGGGUGCUGAGAAGGCUUUGGACCACUUCCUGCCUCCACCUUCGCCGCCGCCACCAGUUCCUCCAAGCCCGCCAGAUCUGCCGCCGUCUCCGCCUCCCUCGCCUCGGCCCCCCCGGCCCCCUCGCCCGCCGGGCCCACCGGUUCCACCCUCGCCACCGCCACCACCGCCUCCCUCACCACGCCCUCCGCGCCCGCCACCGCCGCCUGGUGCGCCAUUGGAGCCGGAUGUGCCAUCCUCGCCUUCACCCCCCUCCCUUCCGCAGUCUCCAUCUCCGCCGUCACUUCCACCGCCGUCCCCGCGCCCGCCGCCCCCUGAUAUGCCAGUCAAUUUCACCAAGUUUCAGGACAUGUCUGCACAGGGCACGCUUGGCAAGGAAGGGAAGCUGGUGUGGUUCGGAACCCCAGAUUUCAGACGACAGCUUGCCAAGUACUCGCCACUGCACCUGAUCAACGCGAAGAAGCCGGCUUGCUCUGCCUCGGCAUGCAACGGCUGUGCCGCAUCCUGGAAGGUCACCUCCACCAACGCCACCAUCUACCUCUACUUCCGGGAGCCGGUGCAGAUUUCCGAAAUCCACAUCAAGGAGAGAAAGAGCUCUGGCGUUGUCCAGGUCCAGCUCCUCAACUGGGUGGCCCCUCCCUCCGACAACACCACCACGACCAAGCCAGGCCGGGUGGUCUACAACUCCACGAUUGCCGCAUCCGCCAGCGGCACGUGCCAGCAGUCCAUCCUGCCCAUAUCCAUCGGGCCCGUACGUAGCGGUGUGAACCUGGUUGUGCCGGCGGGCGGCAGCCAGGAGGUGCUGCCCAAGGCGCUGGCCAAGACGGCGGUUGGUGGUGUUGCCAUCACGGUGCAACGUCCACCCAAGGCGGGCGCCAAUUACGGGCCGUUCAUUGAAUACGUCCGGUUCACGGGCCGUGUGCUGUACCCGAAGGAUGCGGCUGCCUACAGCAGUUAUGCCCCGAUGAAGGAGUAAUAAUCAGGAAGAGGAUGCAUGCAUGCCUGCUGGGCCGCUUCGGCCCAGGGUUAGUAAGCAAGGUUUGAUGUUGUUGAAGACGUGUAUUUGCGUGUGUGUGUGUGUGUUCCAUUCCGGGUACCCGUUCCAACGAACGGUGGAGGGUACCCAUCAUACACGGGUUGUGGGAUGAGGAUGACCCAACUUCGUACAUUUACAUUUCCAUUUGGUACCAUACUUCCUGGUGACGUUCGCUUUGUGAAGAAUAUAACGCGCGUUGUUCAGGCAGGCGGGUUAUGGACGGCAAUAGCCCCUGCAUUGACCCGUUGCGAUUCGCAGUAGUAGUAAAUGUGUAGGCAUGUUCAACAACAAGCAACUGGGACGGGUAAACCCCGUAGGUGGGUUGAUAGCAUUCCAACUUGCAACUAACGGUGCCACUGCACCAGCAUGCGUUCGUACAGUGCAUGUUGAUUGAUUGACGGUUGAUACGGGUUAAUUUGUCAUCAUGAGUUCGUAAUGGGUAGGUUGUCUCUUGUGGCGCAUAGGUGUUGCUUGGCUUGCUGGCUACCGGUAUACAUCUAGCAGCAUGUGGUACGUUGACUACGCGUAACAAAGUUUUCCGCCCCUUUGGGAGGGUUUAUCCUGGUGCUGGUCCUUCCAUUCUAGGAGUUCCAGCCACUGUUAGUAUCAAUUCAUUGUGUGGGAGGGGCGAAGAACCCCGGGCAGCAGCCCUGACCAAACCAGCAUGUGUUCAUGUUCCGCAUCGUCUGUAUGCUUGUAUCUUGAUUAAGUAUGGAUGGAUGCAACUACUUACUUGCACGUGCAUGCAACAACUCCGGGACAGGCACGCAUGGACCUGGCAAGGGAGUGGGCUGCUGUUUGGCUAUUCUUUUAGACCGAAUAUGGUUUUGUUCCUACCUUUUGGAAAUGCCCACCCUGGUUUUUCGAGCCAGUUGCCCUGGACUGACUGUUGUUGGUAGCACAAUUCCAUUGUCUUUCGUUAAAGGCCGUGACUUCCAUAGUUCCUAAAUGAGUGCGGUCAUGUUUGUAAUUGUUCACCACCCUCA